AAUAGGUAGGAGGGUCUGAAUGGUUAGCCCCAGUUGCCCAUCCUCAUUACAACACCUGCUAAUCUAAGCAGGCUCCCUACAGGACUAAACAAUCACUCUGGUAUUGUGUUGACCAACAGAAUACCAAGAAUGUUCAGUCUUAAUGAGAAAGGAUUAGGAGCCCAGUGACUUCCACACUAUAAAAAUCCAUUAGGCCAAAUCAAGACAAAGUCACUCGCCUCAUCAUUUGGGAAGGAGAAACAUUUGUCUUUUGUGCAUCCAUAAGGAAAAUCCCAAUGGCCCCUCAGCUGUGUCAGAGCCUGGGAAAGCCACUGAUUGUUUUGCUGUGCUUCUUGGCGUGUGGCUCGCAAUCUAUGUAUCUGGACUUCUUUGGCAGCUCCUCAAGAUGCAUGCGAAUCCCAAAGAGUAUGGCUCUCUGCUAUGACAUUGGAUAUUCGGAGAUGAGGAUCCCCAACUUGCUGGAACAUGAGACGAUGGCCGAGGCAAUCCAACAAUCCUCAAGCUGGUUACCUCUUUUGGCAAGAGAGUGCCAUCCUGAUGCAAGAAUAUUCCUCUGCUCACUCUUUGCACCUAUUUGCUUUGAUCGGUAUAUCUUCCCAUGUCGCAGUCUGUGUGAGGCUGUAAGGAGCAGCUGUGCCCCUAUCAUGGCCUGUUAUGGGUACCCUUGGCCUGAGAUCCUCAAAUGCGAUAAGUUUCCUGAAGACCACGGCAUGUGUAUCUCAACUAUCACAAAUGAUACUGGCUCUACCCGUAGAAUGCCCCGAGCCAGCUGUAGAGACUGUGAACUUGAAGAAGGCAGCACUUCCAAGGAGAUACUGGAUACAUUCUGCCAUAAUGAUUUUGUUGCCAAGGUCCGUAUCACCAAAAAGAACAUCACUUCCGCUAACCUUUACGACUUUGAUUUGGAUUCCAAACUUGAGAUCCUGAAACACGGCUCGUUGCCCAAAACAGACGUCCUUCCUAGGCUUCAGCAGUGGCUGGAUCUGGAUGCUACCUGUGUGCAGAAUAUCAUGCGUGGGACCCGCACAGGCGUCUAUGUGAUUUGUGCAGAAGUGCAAGAGGGGAAGGUAGUGGUGAACAAUGCCUACGCAUGGCAGAAAAAGAACAAAAACCUGCAUUUCGCUGUACGGAAAUGGAAGAAUCACAAGUGUCGACCAUAGGAAUUCCCAAUUCGUUGUACAGAAACCAAAGUCCUGUGUUGUGAAAUAGUAGAAGCAGGGGCAUUCACGAGAACUGUAUAUAAUACUGUAUAUAUCUAUGUUAACUUACUAUAAAACCUUAUUGAUAAAAAGAGCGGAGCGGUCUCCUACUGUUUGAGAGGACACCGUGUCAUCAGAAAAGGGCAACAGUAUAUUAUGAAUAGAUCUUUUAAGAAGAGUGGAGGUGAAAUUGUGGGUUCUCUGGCCCCUGAGGACAAUGGCUGUAGCAUAGGUGAUUUCAAUUUGACAUGGGCUACGUCACCCAGUGCACCCAGUACAACCGGUAGGAAUUCAGUGAUAUUUAUAACACAGAAUCAGACAUGGAGACUCUUUCUAAAAGACACAUGGGCUUAUUUACUAACAUAGCGGCUCAACUGAAAUGACCCGAUUGGCUGCUUUUAAUACAAAUACUAAUAACUGCAUUUGAGCAAUUAUGUUAGUAAAUUAAACCUGCAGUAGUUCUAUUGUUUACACCAUAGCGAGGAAAGACAUUUUCGAAGAACAGAAAAAGCUGCAUUUUUUCAAAAUAUACUGUAUAUUUUUCUUAAAGGGAAACUAUUGCCAAAAUGAAAAUUUAAUAAAAGCUUCAUCAUACGGAAAUAAGAAACUUUCUAAAUGCAAUUAAUUAGAAGAGAAACGGAUGCUGAGAGAGGGAUAGUGAACAUAAACUUGAUUAUUUCAUAAAUGGUACAGAAUUUUUAAUUGAUUGUAUUUAGAAAGUUUCUCAUUUCAGUAUGAGGAAGCUUAUAUGAAAUUUUCAUUUUGGUGAUAGUUCCCCUUUAGAUGAAAAGUCACACAGUACUGUUUAAGUCUGUGUAAAAAAAAGUGGGAUAUAUAAGAGACGUACCUACAUGUAGUGACUGCAAAAAUCUCUAGUGCACUUAUAAAUAUAAAAAUAAUGUCAUUAUAUAUACUGGGACAGGGAUGACGCCACACUAGAGCUUGAACAUACACUGGCACCCAAUAAAAGAUGAAAUAAUAAAGCAGUGAGAAUAGCUUCCCCGUGACUACAGUGACUACCAAAGACAGAAGGGUGGCUGAGAGGGCAAUGUAAUUAUAUUUUAGUGUAAUGUGAAAAAACUGGGGAAGGGAAGCUUUUGCUAUUCUGCUCAGCUAUCUGGGCAAUUUUAUUUAUAGGGUAUAUGUCCCCUUUAAUUAGUACAGGUAUGGGAUCCGUUAUCUGUAAACCCGUUAUCCAGAAAAUUCUGAAUUACAGAAAGGCCAUCUCUCAUAGACUCCAUUUUAUUCAAAUAAUCCAAAUUUUUAAAAAUGAUUUCCUUUUUCUCAAGUACUUGAUCCAAACUCAGAUAUAAUUAAUCCUUAUUGGAAGCAGAACCAGCCUAUUGGGUUUAUUUCAUGUUUUCACAAGACUUAAGGUAUGAAGAUCCAAAAUUCAGAAAUAUCCAAAAAAAAACAUUCUGCAUAACCGAUUCCAUACCUGUACUUCCAUACAAACUGUAAUUCUGUCUUUGGGAAACAGCCAUGAAAGUGAAAGUCCUUAAUACCGAAAAUAAUGACUUAAUGAUUUGCUAUUAGUUAAUUACCCCACAGUCAAUACGAGAGCACUGUUGGUUAAAUAGCAAUCUUAGUGGAAUGUAAAAUAUUUAAGGGGGUCAUGGGGGGCUAAGAUCUGUACAAUGUGCAGCACAUUUUCAGAUGCUUAUGAAUAUUCAAUAAAAUGCAUUUAAAGGCAAAUUGUGGAAUGUUUAUAUGAAAUAUUUACAUACAUAAGGAGUGAGUUUUACAUUA